GAUCUCGUGCGCCUGGUAACAGCGAAAGCGUCGCUCACGCUAUGGAGAUUGAGAAGCUGAACUCGAGGAGCCGCGGAAGAUUUACUGCCGAAACGGAUCACGAUGCGCGAUAAAUCCUUCGUUCGCGUACUUUCAAAUAUCUCCGACAUCACCCACACACACACAUGCGAGGCAUUCACAAUAACACUGGCACACUGAUUGGGAAACCCGGAUAAUCGUCUUACGGCACGGGACGAUCCCGAGGAGUCUGUAGAUGGCUUGCGACGUGGGGAGAUGAGAGAGUCCUCCUGAUAUCAGGUGAUUGGACACCCAUACAAACAUGGGGAAACUACAGAGCAAGUUCCGGCGGCGCUCAGACCUUUACAAGGUCAAAGAGGGGGAGACUGCACUCGUGCCACAGGUAGUGCAGUAUGAACCCGCUCACACAGAUGCCAUCAACUGUGUCGUCAGCCUGACCUCUGACCUCUGCGCGUCAGGGGGGCAUGACCAGGCUGUUGUUGUCUAUGACUGGAAGGCUGGAAAACUGUGUAAAUCAUUUCCGGGCCAUAGCAGAGAGAUCACAAAGUUGUGCUGUCUCAAAGGAAGUUCCUUAAUCUUCAGUGCGUCCCGGGAUAAGAUGGUGCUGAUGUGGGAUUUGGGUCGAGAUACAGAACCCAUCCAGGAGUUUUGUGGCCAUGAACUCGUAGUUAACGGUGUAGCGGUCUGCCCAGAUGGCUCAAAGCUGUGCACGGGCUCUCGUGAUAACUCCAUGUGCCUCUGGGACAUUGAGUCGGGAGAAUGUCUGCAGAGAAACACCAUCUCACGCAACCUGGUGACACAUGUGUGCUGGGUACCAGGAAGCACAUCUAUUGUCCAAACCUCAGAAGACAAAACUAUCAGGGUGUGGGAUAGUCGUACCUGGCAGGUGACUAACACGUUUCCAGCAAAGCAGUACAUUCAGACACACUGUGACAUCAGCUCCAACUGUUACCACCUGCUGUCGUCCAGCAACGGUUUCGGUGGGCAGGGUUGCGAGGCCACGCUGUGGGACCUCAGACAGCCCGGCUGUAAGGUGGCCGAAUACAGAGGACACCUGCAGACCACAGCGUGCUGCGUGUUUGUGCCUCCCCGUCCCGGGUGUCCUGCCCUCGUGGCGUCCUCAUCGUAUGACAGCUCAGUCAAAAUAUGGGAUCAGAACACUGCAGCAUGUUUGUACACGUUAACGCUGGACGGUUCAGGGCCGUUGGUGUCUCUGGCUCCGUGUGACUCCAGCAGUCUCCUGUGUGCCAGUUUUAACACAGGACUGCACCAGCUGCAUCUGGAUCAGGCAACAGUGCCCAGCCUCGCUGAAGUGGCUCGCUUCUGACUUCCAUCUGGACCACCUGGAAGAUAAAACCAACAACUUUAAUAACUGGAACUCCUGGAAAUCAAAAUGUACACUACGUUGACAAAAGUACGUGGACACCCUAUUCUAAACAGCUUGGACAUUUCAGCUACAUCUGUUACUGACAGGAGCAUAAAAUCAAGCAUGCAAUCUGCUCGUGUCUAAAUGGGAGCAAAUCCCUGCAUCCAUGUUCCAACAUUGUCCACAUGUUUUUGACCAUGUAGUGUAUGACCACUUGACUACAUGAACCAUUAAAGGAUGUAAAAACGUAAUCAACUUCCCUGAAGGAAAGAGACUGGGUCGCUGUAAAACUCCCUACCGGCAGGGAUGAUUUACCGUAUGGGAAUUUUUCUCCAUUUCCAAAUACAACUAUGAAAUAAGA